UCGUCGUUUCGGAGAUCAAAUCCCACUCGAAUUCGUUCUCGAUCUCAAUCCCAAUUCAUCUACGAAACCCUAGAGCUUGUUUCGAUUUGGGGGUGAGAAUUCGAAAUCAAGGUUGGGAUUCAUUGAUUUUGGUUGUUGUUCUUGCAUCGAUCGCGACAAUGUACAACGGGAUGAUGGAUCCUGAGCUGAUGCGCAUCGCUCAGGAACAAUUUAGCCGGAUGUCGCCUGAAGAGCUCUCGAAGAUGCAGCAGCAGGUGAUGUCUAAUCCUGAGCUUGUGAAGAUGGCAACAGAGAGUAUGAAGAACAUGAGGCCUGAAGAUUUCAGACAUGCUGCGGAACAGCUCAAACAUACCAGGGCUGAAGAUAUGGCUGAGAUUAGGGACAAGAUAGCCAAUGCUAAGCCGGAAGAGAUAGCAGCCAUGAAGGCCCAAGCAGAUGCUCAUAUUUCUUAUCAACUUGAUGCGGCUGAGAUGCUGAAGAAACAGGGAAAUGAAUUCCAUUGUCAAGGCAAAUUUCAUGAUGCUGCUGAUAAAUAUAUGCGUGCGAAGAACAAUCUGACUGAUAUUCCAGGACCCAAGUCGAGAACUCUCCAACUACAGUGUUCCCUCAACCUGAUGUCCUGUUAUCUGAAGACAAAUCAAUAUGACAAUUGCAUCAAGGAAGGUUCAGAGGUUUUGGCAUAUGACUCAAACAAUGUCAAAGCUCUUUAUCGCAGAGGUCAGGCUUACAAAGAACUGGGAAACUUAAAAGCCGCUGUUGCUGACCUAGAGAAGGCUCAUAAAGCUUCACCUGAUGAUGAAACUAUUGCAGAUGUCUUAAGAGAUACAGAAGAAAAAUUAUUGAAAAGUGGUGAUAGCAACGCCCACCGAGGUGUUGUUAUUGAAGAAAUAGAAGAAGAAGAAGAAGAAGAAGAAAAUGAACCCUCUUCAUCAGGCAAUCAGACAGAUGCAUCUGCUAAAUAUUCUGUGACCCAACCAGUGGAAACUACCAAAUCUUCUCAGAAGGUAUAUGGAUCUGAUCCAGGAACUUCAACUGUAGACGCUGAAUACCUCAAGAGUUUCAGCAAUAACCCUGAAGCUUUCCGGGCAUUCCAGAAUAGAUUCUCAAAUGCUGAUCCUGAUACUCUAGCAGCUAUGAGUGCUGGAGGAAUGUCACCAGACAUGAUGAAAACUGCUGCAGAUAUGAUGGGCAAGAUGAAGCCAGAAGAGCUUCAAAAAAUUUUCGAAAUCGGUGCUUCUAUGAAUAGUAAAAAUCCAAGCUCUAUUGGCAACAGCUCAGGAUUUGGAUCAUCAAAGUUUCCUGAAAUAACACCUGAAUUGGCUAAGCAAGCUUCUGAUAUGAUGAGCAAGAUGUCACCAGAAGAAUUCCAAAGGGUUCUUAAAGUUGCCUCUUCAUUUAAUGGGAAUGGCACACCUUUUGCAGCUCCUCCAAAUGUUGCAAGCAACCAAAGAUCAGAAAGUGGUUCACAAUUUUCCGCUCCUCCCAGAACACCCACAGCGGACAACCCUGACCGGGGGGAAAAUACUUACGGUGCAAGUUCUAGAAUGGGCCAGUCUUCAUCAAGCUUUCCAACCUCUACAGCAGAUUUACAGCAGAACAUGAGAAAUUCAAUGAAUGAUCCAGCAAUGCGACAGAUGUUUACAUCUAUGAUGAAGAACAUGAGCCCAGAGAUGAUGGCAAACAUGGGUGAACAGUUUGGAAUGAAGCUAUCAAAAGAGGAUGCAGCAAAAGCUCAACAAGCUAUGUCAUCAUUGUCACCAGAAGACUUGGACAGAAUGAUGCGGUGGGCUGAAAGGGCACAACGAGCAGUUGAUACGACGAAGAAGGCGAAGAACUGGUUAUUAGGAAGAUCAGGCCUGAUCCUUGCUAUUUGCAUGCUGAUUCUAGCAUUCAUCCUUCAUCAACUUGGUUUCAUUGGUGGUUAAAAACACAACCUGUUUCCACUGCAGGAUGAACAAAGCUGCAAAAUAGGAGACAAUGUCUGUGUUUAGACAAUGUUGCUUGUAAUCUGACUAAAGAAUGUGUCUUCAGAUCAGUUCUUUAUUUUGUUUAACUUUAAUCUAAAGUUAUUUAUGUUUGACACCCAGAAAGCUGGUUUCAAACUUGUAGUUAUUAAAAAAGGGUUAAAAAAAAAAGGGGAACACACUUGAUCAUUCA